UUUGCGGGAUCGUGCUUGCGAUAAUAAUCAGUUUUCAUUUUUUGCUUUUGCUGCCAUCGCUGCUUUUGCUUUUAUUUCAAAUUUUACGCAAAAAAUGCUGCCUUCAUAGUUUCUUUCAUUCGCUAAUGAAUUAUUUCCAUGUUUGAUGUGGUGAAAACAAGGAAGAUUUGUGGUAAAUUAAUCAUGUCCGUGAGCGCAUUUUGCCACCUCAAUCAAUGAUGCGUUUGUCAUCUUCUGCCGCAUUCUAUAAUAUCGAAGAAUGUGGAAUUUUUUAGCUUGAUUCCUAUAGAUUACGUCAUGUUUGUUUAUGACCACGAUUGUUGUCUUUAAGAUCACUAUUGAACGUUCGUUUAAAAUAAAUCAUUAACCGUUAAAAGCCGUUUAAAUCGUUUAAAAGAAAUUGAAACGGUUUUUUUUUGGUAUUGCAUGUUCUGAUCAUUUCAUGAAUCGUGAUGUGGCGGUGCAUCGUCAAUCAAAAGCUUGGAAUUUUAUCAUAUUCAUCAAAACUAAAGAAAUACAUUGUUUAACAAUUUCUGUCAUGCAUACUAUUUGUACAUUCACUAUAGCGAACAUUAUCCUAUCGCACAUGCAUUAUCUCUACAUUUGAUAGCUUGUAAAACCAUUUGUGACGGUAGACCAUAAAAUGUACAAUUUUCGCGAUUUCUUUCACUGUCAUUAUGUAAAUAUUUACAUCUUCCUUAUGGUGUCCGCCAGCCAGAAGAUGAAAUCUUUGUUUGGGAGAUUUUAUCUCGUCACGUGACGUUAAGGAUGAGUGAGAUUGAUGAAAAAAGUUCAUUUGUUUAAAAUUCAUGGCGAUACGAAGUGAGCGAAUAUCUUAUAAACAAAUAAUAAUUUCGGUAGAGGAAAUGGCAUGUAAUCUUGAUGAGCGACCCACCAGUUCUGGUAACAGUUAACCACUGGCUUGAUUUAUGUCGAUGACAUAGCACAAUGCCGUAUAUCAAAACAACUAUCACUAUAUAAACUUGUAAAGAUGGAAAGAUCCGCUGAUAGCAAGAAUAUUAUUCCAACGGCCAUUUUAAAUUAUUACUUGUAUGGAAAAAAUGUCGUCAAUUCAGUUGACAUGCGCUAUAUUCAUGAAAAAGAGAAGAGCAGUAUAGAGCAGAUUGACAACAAUGAGGAACUAACUUCUGUUUCAACAGCAUGUGUCGUCUCACAGAGGCAAUAUGCCACCCUUACUCCUCUGCAAUCACUGCAAAAGUUAGUAAACCCAAAAAGAAAUGAGGACAGUCUUAAGAUGACAUAUGCUAUGACGUCAUUUCCUGACGAAGUAGAACUUUGUACAUCCAGUAUUCCUGGAUGUUUGUAUGGAGUAGCUGCCAAACGUCCUUUGCCUCGUGGAACAGUUGUUGGACCAUAUGAAGGGCGACGAACUUUUCACUUACAUGAAGGAGAGAAAAAUCAUGAAUACGUAUGGGAGCAGAUUUACGCAGAUGGUAAGUUGUCCUAUUUCAUUGAUGGAAGCGACGAAAACUGCUCCAGUUGGAUGAGAUUCAUCCGAUUUGCUCGCAGUGUGAAUGAACAGAACAUGACAGCGUAUCAACAUGGUGAAAGUAUUUAUUAUCAAGCAUUUUGUGACAUUAAUAUUGGUGAAGAGUUAUUGGUCUGGUACAGUGAUUGUUAUGACAAAUACUUAGAAAUUCCUGUGAAUUUGAAAAGAGUGGAAGGACUUGCUGGCAAGACUUGCUUAUUUUCUGUAGUCAACGUAUCUCAUUCGAACGAUCGUACUUCAGACAUUCAAGAAAAACCCCUCUCAUCUGGGACAAGUUUGUUUCAGAAUUCCGUUCGGCAUGACAAAAUUCAGCCAUCAAGUGAAAAAGGUUUUUCCCAGUUGAUGUUAAGAAAUGAAGGAGAUCGUAAUAUCUUGCUCUUUAAUAAAGGAAAUACAAAUGACGUUGUUGAAGCACAACAGAAGAACGAUUAUCCAUCCGACGAAAGUCUUUCGUUAAAAUGCAAACAGUGUAAUGGUGUUUUUGCCCAAAGGAUUCAACUUCAAAUACACGUCUGUCCAAAACAGCCGUACAAACCUUAUGUAUGUGGACAUUGUUCAGAGAGCUUUGACGAACCACUAGAGCUUCGCAAUCAUGUCGUUAUACAUACAAGUGAACGACCAUUCAAAUGCGGUUUCUGUGGACGAACAUACGCUGGUGCUACGACUUUGAAUAAUCACGUGAGAAUGCAUACGGGUGAGAAACCGUUUGUGUGUAGGGCUUGCGGGAAAAUGUUCGCGAUUGCCACGCAACUUGCCAGACACACGCGCGUUCCAGGAGAGUGUCCUAGUAAUUUGCCUACCACUCAACGAUGACUUCCAAGAGGAUCGUUCUAGAACAUUGAUUAGUUGGCCAACUAAUAAUAGGAAAUGAAAUAAAAAUUGUUUUUAUUCUGUUUGUAUUUUA